UUUCAAAAGAAAAGAAUAAUCCAAUCAAAACUAAACUUUUAUUAUCACUAAAACAUUUCCAAAAACAUUUUUAUUUUCAAACUAAAAAUUAGAUUAUCACCAGAACACUUUCAACAUUAUAGUUUAUUAAACUGUUUCAGGUCAAAUUUCAGUCGAGUUGAAGGAGAUGAAAAGUACUUGAAGAAACGUGAAGUCGUGUCCGAAGAUGGUUUUUGGUUUUUUGGCGCUUGGAAGCGUCCACGACGAAUUCGCGACACAAACUGCGAACGGACCGGGAGCGGCACGCGAAUUAAACUGGGCCCCGCAGCCAGAAUGCCAAGGCGAACAACCGGCAAAGGCUCGGCUUCGCCAGAGAUCGGCUUUUUGCACACGUCGGCCCCCGACGGGUUCGUGUUCGUUCAUUCGUUUUAUUUGCCUAUCCUCAGUUUUGCAAUGUUGAGCCUGGUCAGGAUCGGCCAAGCUCCUCUACCCACACCACUGUCAAUGUCCUUUGCGUAGGUCGCUGUACGUAGCGGUACUUUGCGUGCUCCGUGCAAAAUCUGAAUCACCUUCUUUCAACAACAUCUUUAAUCGUCUAAAUAUUUCAAGGACGAAAGGAGUUCAAAAGAAAAGAACAUCCAAAAUAAGGAAAUUUAUUGACUAUUUCUUCAAUUAGAUCAAUUGUAACUUGUAUAAUUUAUUGGAUUAUUAAAAUUUUUCUGAAUAAGAUGUAAAACAACUUUAACAAGAAGAUUGAAGAAAAAUGGGAAGUGUAACCCAACAAUUUUGUCUUCGUUGGAAUAAUCACCAAUCGAAUUUGCUAAGUGUUUUCGAUGAACUUCUUCAAAAUGAAGCUUUUACCGAUGUGACUUUAGUUUGCGAUGGUGGAAACCCGAUUAAGUGCCACAGGAUGGUUUUGGCGGCGUGUUCGCCGUAUUUUCAAAAUUUAUUUACUGAUUUGCCUUGUAAACAUCCCGUGGUCGUGCUUAAAGACGUUAAAUUUAUCGAAAUUAAGGCGAUUUUAGAGUAUAUGUAUCGCGGAGAAGUAAACGUGGCUCAAGAUCAACUCGCUGCCCUAUUAAAAGUAGCGGAAGCUUUGAAAGUAAAAGGAUUAGUCGAGGAAAAUCGCGAUGGAAGAACCGCUACUAGUAAUAAUAGUUUAAGAAUGGACGAUGAUAUCGGUCACGACCAUCAUCAUCAUUCGCCGAAUUCUGGAAUAACGACGACUUCGAUUCCUUCGACCGUUCAUAGUAGUAGUAAUAACAAUAACAAUUCUCCCCCGCAUUCUACGAACGGAAAUUACGCGAAAAAUCCGUAUAGCUUGUACGGAAAAGCGCCGAGCAUGGAAAGAAAUCGAAUCGGAAUGCCAAUUUGGACACUUCCGGGACUUCCCAUGCCGCAUCCACCACCGGUUCAACAUCAAAAUCCACCACACCCAGCUGCUACUAUGUUAGGAUACGAAUCUCCCGAUUUACCACCGAUGAAACGGAAGAAAUUUUCUAGUAUGAUGAUGAACAGAGAUACGCCCAUAUUAAGAACGGUUUUAGGCCAAGGACAACAACUAGCCGAUUCAUCCCAACCCGUUAGUUUGGUUUGCCAUGAACAAGAAAAUUCGCAACAUAGUUUAAAUGAAGAAAGAAAUGAAAGAAUAAUUAAAAAUGAACCAAGUGAAGACGCUCAAUCCCCCUACACAGAUUUAUCAAUAACUAAUGAUGAAGAAAAAAUGAAAAUGGCUAUCCCAUCAACAUCCCCUCAAUCCUAUUCAUCAACGGACAUCCACGGUAUUUCUUCUGGAAUCGCAACAUACGUCCCAACUCAAAAACCCGAAUGGAAACGUUACAAACAAUACACUCGAAACGAUAUAAUGUCCGCGAUAGAAGCCGUAAGAAACGGAAUGUCCGCCCUUCAAGCCGCCCGAAAAUACGGCGUACCAUCUCGAACUCUCUACGAUAAAGUCAAAAAACUAGGGAUUACAACCAGCCGUCCAUUUAAACGAGGCUCAAACGGAAGUAGCGCGUGUUUUCCUUAUGGUUUAAGUGGAACGAAUUCUCCUUACGAAAGCGACGACCAUCAUAAUCAUAAUUCGUUAUUGGAAGCAAGUAGUUUUCUGCAGCACGCUUUAGAUGGUCGACCGAACGAAGAAAGAGAUGCUUUGGCUGCGAUGGCAGCUGCAGCUGUAGCUCAUCAUGCAGCGGCAGCAAGUGGACAAAGCACUCCGCCUAAUCAUGGAAUCGGGGCGAGAUCGCCAAGUCCCAGUCCGAUUAUGGUUAAAUACUUGAGACAGAAUAGUUUAACGCCGUCCCCAGCACCGGGAAGCGAUAAUCAUCAUAGCGAAACGAAUGGUAGUUCGGAAAGGGAACGCGAAGACGAAGAUGAAGUGGAAGAUUUGAGUAUUGGUAGAAAACAAGUUAUUGUCCCACCGAUGAAUAAUCAAGUUUCGACGAUUAUCAAAAAAGAAGAUGUUUUGAAGGAAUUUAAAGAAGAUGUUAGGAGAGAGGUAAGUGUUGAUGACGCUGAAUAAAAAAUGGUUUAUAAAAGAUACCAGUGUCUUAUCGAGAAUGUCUAAUUGGAUCUUUUUGUAAGUGCAAUAAUAGAAAGGAUGAUGAAAAAAAAGGUUUUUGUUUUUUAAUUUACCGUACUAAGAGAUGUUGUUAAAAAGAAUAUCGAAAGAAUUAAAAAAUAGUAAUUAAUGAAGAUUAAUUAAUUAUUAUUAGAUGAUGACCUGAGUAUAUAGUGCCUGUAUUCGUACUUUUGUGGGACCAGCUCCGUUUGAGUGCGAAACCCUAUAAGACUGAAUUGUACAUAGAAAGAACUUUUUAUUCUAAUUAUUAUUAUGUUUUGUUUUUUUUUUAAUUUUCUUUUUUUGCAUAAUGAGACUGAUCAAGAUUUUUGUUUGAGUUGUUUUCCUUUGAAUUUCGGUGCGCAUUCAGGUCUUAAUGAUAAAUAUUAAGAAUUUUUUUUUAAUUUUUAAGUUUUUUGUACAUAAAAAGAAUUUAUUUUUGGGCAUUAACACCCCCAAAAUGAACGUAAAAGAGAAUACAUUUCAAUUCAAUACGGAAAAAAAAUGUAGUAAUUUUUGGUUUUGGGAUUAAAAUUAAAUAUAAAAUUAGGUUUUAGAAAGAAAAUUAAUUAACUCUACAUUAUUUAGAUAUAAGUUUUAAAAUAAAAAAAAAUAAGAAAACACAUUCACUUUUCACACAAGUGUCUUUGUGUAAGCACCCCGGAGUUGUUGUUGUUGUUCUAAAAUUUUUUGUGGUAUUUUUGCACCAAAACCCGAAUCAAAUAAAAGAAAAUGUUUAAAUUCGAAAAAGCCGUUGUUUUCAAAGAAAAAAACUCUCCCAUAGCUGUGAUUCCUCUUAGACUGAACGAGAAAUGUACGAACGAAAAAUGAAACGGAUGAUACACACUAAACUAUUAUAUGUAUAAGUGAAUUAAAAAAAUGAAACUACUUAACACUUUCUUUGAAAUAGUAAUUAUAAAAUAAGAAAAAAAUAAGUAAAAUUCCGUUUAGACUGAUGUGUCUAGUCACUCUUAUUUGUUGUGCAGCUCAAUAAAUCAUAAUUAUAACAUAAAAAAAAUAAAUAAAUAAGUGCAAUGAACCACAGGAUGUUAAAUUAAAAAAGAAUAAUUAUAUACUACAACAAUAAGACUGAAUAUUUGUUAAUUAUUAUUAUUUAAUAAGACACGCUAAGAGUGCCUUUUUCUGCUUGGAAUUAAAAAAAAAUCAUUAAAAAAAAUGAUUAUAAAAAAAUAAAAUAAUUACAUUCCA